AUGUGGGAGAAAAAGCUUGCAACAGUGUUGGUGUGCAGUAGCCAGUCUCUCUCGGGCUCAGCCACUGUUGCGGCGACUAAGGGCGGAGCGGAACAAGGCCGAAAGACUGUUUCUUUUGGCGAACAGACAGACCUUGUCGCGUGGAUCGAGCUCAUUGCACAGCCAAAAAGGCCCAAAAAGGCCAAAACAGAGCAACGACGUAAUGAGGUAAUGAGAAAAGGUCGAGGCGAGAACCACGAGAACCGUGAGAACCGCGAGCCCGGCCCCUUUGUCCCGUCAAUCAGAACAAGGCCUCCUCUUUGA